AUGGCCAGCCUGGUGCUGGAGGACGGGACGGUGCUGCGCGGGCGGCCCUUCGGAGCCACCGGGGCCGCCGCUGCCGGGGAAGUGGUGUUCCAGACGGGCAUGGUGGGGUAUCCCGAAGCGCUGACGGAUCCCUCCUACACGUCUCAGAUCUUGGUGCUGACAUACCCGCUUGUUGGGAAUUACGGCGUCCCUCCGGAGGAGCUGGAUCAGUAUGGCCUCAGCCGGUGGUUUGAGUCCAGCUGCAUCCGCGUGGCUGCGCUGAUCGUUGGAGAGUGUUCCCGACAUCCCAGCCACUGGAGCGCCACUCGCUCGCUUGACCAGUGGCUCAAGGAAGAGGGGAUCCCUGGCUUGGAAGGAGUGGACACCCGGGCCUUGACCAAGAGGAUCCGGGAGAAGGGGACUCUGCUGGGCAGGCUGGUGCCUGAUGGAGCCCCGGACUCGCCAUGGCCUUUUGAGGAUCCGAACGAGAGGCACCUGGUGAAGGAGGUCUCCCUGCAAGAGCCCCGCCUGUUCAACCCCGGAGGCUCGGUGAGGAUCACGGCUGUGGACUGCGGUCUGAAGUACAACCAGAUCCGGUGCCUGUGUGAGCGUGGGGCCGCUGUGACGGUGGUGCCAUGGGAUCACCCGCUGGACAGUGCAGACUUUGACGGCCUCUUCAUCAGCAAUGGGCCCGGGGACCCGCGGUCCUGCCAAGCAACCAUCGCCAACCUGCGCCGCAUCCUGGAGCUGCCGACCCCCAAGCCGGUCUUCGGCAUCUGCCUGGGCCACCAGCUCUUGGCCUUGGCUGUCGGAGCCAAGACCUACAAGAUGAAGUACGGCAAUCGUGGGCACAACCAGCCGUGCCUGUACGAGGGCUCCCAGCGCUGCUUCAUCACUUCCCAAAACCACGGCUUUGCGGUGGACCCGGCCAGCCUGCCGCCGGCGUGGGCCCCGCUCUUCACCAACGCCAACGACGGCUCCAACGAGGGCCUCGUGCACGACUCCAAGCCCUUCUUCAGUGUGCAGUUCCACCCGGAGCACAGGGCUGGGCCGAUGGACCUCACGUGCCUCUUUGACGUCUUCCUGGAUAUGGCCCGGGACGCGACUGCCCAAGGACAGAGCUGCGAGCCAGUACGCAAGCGGCUGUCGCGCUGCCUGUGCCCCGCGGACGUCCCACCUGCCGGCAGCAUCCCCCGGCCGCACAAGGUCCUCAUCCUGGGCUCGGGGGGGCUCUCCAUAGGGCAGGCGGGCGAGUUUGACUACUCUGGUUCCCAGGCCAUCAAAGCCCUGAAAGAGGAGAACAUUCAGACGGUGCUGAUCAACCCCAACAUCGCCACCGUGCAGACCUCCAAGGGCCUGGCCGACAAGGUCUACUUCCUGCCCAUCACCCCGGACUACGUCGCCCAGGUGAUAAAGAACGAGCGGCCAGACGGGAUCCUGCUGACCUUUGGCGGGCAGACGGCCCUGAACUGCGGGGUGGAGCUGACCAAGGCCGGCGUGCUGGAGCGCUACCACGUCCGCGUCCUGGGCACGCCGGUCGCCUCCAUCGAGAUGACGGAGGACCGCAAGGUCUUCGUGGAGAAGAUGGAAGAGAUCGGCGAGCACGUGGCGCCCAGCGAAGCCGCCUGCUCCCUGGAACAGGCCGAGGCGGCGGCAGAUCGGCGCGGCUACCCGGUGCUCGUGCGCUCGGCCUACGCGCUGGGCGGGCUGGGCUCGGGCUUCGCCAGCGGGCGGGAAGAGCUGGCGGCGCUGGUGAGCCAGGCCCUCGCCCACACCUCGCAGGUGCUGGUGGACAAGUCACUCAAGGGCUGGAAGGAGAUCGAGUACGAGGUGGUGCGCGACGCCUACGACAACUGUGUCACGGUGUGCAACAUGGAGAACCUGGACCCGCUGGGCAUCCACACCGGGGAGUCCAUCGUGGUGGCUCCCAGCCAGACCCUCAACGACCGGGAAUACAACCUUCUGCGCACCACGGCCAUCAAGGUGGUCCGCCACCUGGGCAUCGUGGGCGAGUGCAACAUUCAGUACGCGCUGAACCCCGAGUCGGAGCAGUAUUACAUCAUAGAGGUGAAUGCGCGGCUUUCACGGAGCUCGGCCCUGGCAAGCAAGGCCACCGGCUACCCCCUGGCCUACGUCGCCGCCAAGCUGGCCCUGGGCAUCCCGCUGCCCGUCCUCAGGAACUCCGUCACCAACUCCACCACGGCCUGCUUCGAGCCCAGCCUGGACUACUGCGUGGUCAAGAUCCCGCGCUGGGACCUCAGCAAGUUCCUGCGUGUCAGCACCAAGAUCGGCAGCUCCAUGAAGAGUGUGGGGGAGGUGAUGGCUAUCGGGCGGAGCUUUGAGGAGGCCUUCCAGAAGGCGCUGCGCAUGGUUGACGAGAACUGCGUGGGCUUUGACCACACUGUGAAGCCGGCGUCCGACGUGGAGCUGGAGACGCCGACCGACAAGCGCAUCUUCGUGCUUGCCGCUGCGCUGCGUGCCGGCUACUCCAUCGAGCGCCUCUACGAACUGACCAAAAUCGACCGCUGGUUCCUGCACAAGAUGAAGAGCAUCACGGACCAUGCGCUGCGCUUGGAGUCGUACCGGCAGGCCGAGCCGGGGGCCAUGCCGCCCGCCAUGCUCAAGCUGGCCAAGCAGCUGGGCUUCUCGGACAAGCAGGUGGCUCAGGCCGUGCUCAGCACGGAGCUGGCCGUGAGGAAGAUGCGGCACGACCUGAAGAUCCUGCCCGUGGUGAAGCAGAUCGACACGGUGGCGGCGGAGUGGCCGGCCCACACCAACUACCUCUACCUGAGCUACAACGGCACGGAGCACGACCUGGCCUUCCGCGAGCCGCACGUCAUGGUCAUCGGCUCUGGCGUCUACCGCAUCGGCAGCAGCGUGGAGUUCGACUGGUGCGCGGUCGGGUGCAUCCGGGAGCUGCGCAAGAUGGGCUACAAAACCAUCAUGGUGAACUACAACCCCGAGACGGUGAGCACGGACUACGACAUGUGCGACCGGCUGUACUUCGACGAAAUGUCCUUCGAGGUGGUGAUGGACAUCUCCGCGCUGGAGAACCCCGAGGGCCUGAUCCUGUCCAUGGGGGGGCAGCUGCCCAACAACAUCGCCAUGGCUCUGCACCGGCAGCAGUGCCGGGUCCUGGGCACCUCCCCCGAGGCCAUCGAUGCUGCCGAAAACCGCUUCAAGUUCUCCCGCCUCCUGGACACCAUCAGCAUCAGCCAGCCGCUCUGGAAGGAGCUGUCGGACAUGGAGUCGGCCAAGCAGUUCUGCUGCAAGGUGGGCUACCCGUGCGUGGUGCGCCCCUCCUACGUGCUCAGCGGCGCCGCCAUGAACGUGGCCUACACGGACAGCGACCUGGAGCGGUUCCUCAGCAACGCAGUCGCCGUCUCCAAGGAGCAGCCGGUGGUCAUCUCCAAGUUCAUCCAGGAGGCCAAGGAGAUCGACGUGGACGCGGUGGCCUGCGACGGGCGGGUGGUGGCCAUCGCCAUCUCUGAGCACGUGGAGAACGCCGGGGUGCAUUCGGGGGAUGCCACGCUGGUGACCCCCCCGCAGGACAUCACGCCCACAACGCUGGAGCGGAUCGAGGCCAUCGUGCAUGCCAUCGGGCAGGAGCUGCAGGUGACGGGGCCCUUCAACCUGCAGCUCAUCGCCAAGCACGACCAGCUGAAGGUGAUCGAGUGCAACGUCCGGGUGUCCCGGUCCUUCCCGUUCGUCUCCAAGACGCUGGGCGUGGACCUGGUGGCCUUGGCCACGCAAGUCAUCAUGGGCGAGGAGGUGGAGCCCGUGGGACUCAUGACAGGCACCGGCAUCGUGGGCGUCAAGGUGCCCCAGUUCUCCUUCUCGCGCCUGGCGGGGGCCGACGUGGUGCUGGGGGUCGAGAUGACCAGCACGGGCGAGGUGGCCUGCUUCGGAGAGAACCGCUGCGAGGCCUACCUGAAGGCCAUGCUGAGCACCGGCUUCAAGAUCCCCAAGAAGAACAUCCUGCUGACCAUCGGGAGCUACAAGAACAAGAGCGAGCUUCUGUCCACGGUGCGCACGCUGGAGAGCCUGGGCUACAGCCUCUACGCCAGCCUCGGCACGGCCGACUUCUACACCGAGCACGGCAUCAAGGUGACGGCAGUGGACUGGCACUUCGAGGAGGCCGACGGCGCGGAGGUGCCCGUCAAGGAGAACCAGCAGCGCAGCAUCCUGGACUACCUGGCCGAGAAUCACUUCGACCUGGUCAUCAACCUGUCCAUGCGCAACUCGGGGGGGCGCCGCCUCUCCUCCUUCGUCACCAAGGGCUACCGCACCCGGCGCCUGGCGGUCGACUACUCGGUGCCCCUCAUCAUUGACAUCAAGUGCACCAAGCUGUUCGUGGAGGCUCUGGGCCAGAUCGGGGGACCCCCUCCGCUGAAGAUGCAUGUGGACUGCAUGACCUCGCAGAAGCUCAUCCGCUUGCCAGGCCUGAUCGACGUCCACGUGCACCUUCGAGAGCUGGGGGCUGCCCACAAGGAAGACUUCGCCUCCGGCACCGCAGCUGCUCUGGCCGGCGGCAUCACCCUGGUCUGCGCCAUGCCGAACACCUGCCCCGCCGUCACCGACGCCGGCUCCUUCGCGCUGGUGCAGAAGCUGGCUGAGGCGGGGGCGCGCUGCGACUUCGCGCUGUACGUCGGGGCCUCGUCCGACAACGCCGGCUCGCUGGGGCUGCUGGCUGGAGCCACCGCCGGCCUGAAGAUGUACCUGAACGACACGUUCUCGGACCUCAAGAUGGACAACGUCUCCCUCUGGAUGGAGCACUUCGAGAAGUGGCCGAAGCACCUCCCCAUCGUGGCCCACGCGGAGAGGCAGACCGUGGCCGCCAUCCUGAUGGUGGCCCAGCUCUACCAGCGCCCGGUGCACAUCUGCCACGUGGCCCGCAAGGAGGAGAUCCUCCUCGUCAAGGCCGCAAAGCAGAAGGGCAUUGCCGUGACCUGCGAGGUUGCCCCCCACCACCUGUUCCUGUGCCAGGAGGACCUGGGGCGCAUCGGGGAGGGCCGGGGGCAGGUGCGGCCCAUGCUUGGCACUCGCGAGGACAUGGAGGCGCUCUGGGACAACCUGGACACCAUCGACUGCUUCGCCUCCGACCAUGCCCCACACACCCUGGAAGAGAAGCUGGGGAAGGACCCUCCGCCCGGCUUCCCCGGCCUGGAGACCAUGCUGCCCCUGCUGCUGACGGCCGUCUCGGAGGGGCGCCUCACCGUGGACGACAUCGUCCGGCGGCUGUACGAGAACCCGCGGCGCAUCUUCGGGCUGCCCGUGCAGGAGGACACCUACGUGGAGGUGGAUCUGGAGCAGGAGGGGCUGGUGCCCCCCCACACGGCCUUCAGCAAGGCCCGGUGGACGCCCUUCGAAGGGAUGCGGGUGAAGGGGACGGUGCGGCGGGUCAUCCUCCGCGGGGAGGUGGCCUACAUCGACGGGCAGGUCCUGGUACCCCCCGGCUAUGGGGAGGAUGUGCGGAAGUGGCUGUGCCCGGCGCCGCUCAGCGCUCCGGCCAAGGAGAUCCUGAAGACUCCGGAGCGCCCCCACCCGGCCGUGCCCACGGAAGCCCUGCGUGGCCGGGCACCCAGUCCUCGGCGAGCCGGGCCCAUGGGGGAUGCCCGCUUCUACUUGGCGCCCCGAAUCCACCGUGCAUCUGACCCUGGACUGCCAGCUGCAGACCUCCGGGAGAAGGCCGUCAAAAAAGCCCCGGAAGCAGACCCGGCCACGGUCCAGGACGGACCGCUGUACCUCGCGGGGCCCCUGCCCAGGCAGCCGUCCCCCCAGAGCUUGCCGCACCCCCAGACCUCGCCGCUGCUGCACCCGCUCGUGGGGCAGCACGUGCUGUCAGUCAAGCAGUUCACCAAGGGCCAGCUGUCCCACCUGUUCAACGUGGCGCACAACCUGCGCAUGAUGGUGCAGAAGGAGCGCAGCUUGGACAUCCUCAAGGGGAAGGUGAUGGCCUCCAUGUUCUACGAGGCCAGCACGCGAACCAGCAGCUCCUUCGCCGCCGCCAUGUGCCGCCUGGGCGGCUCCGUGCUGCCCUUCACUGAGGCCACGUCGUCCUGCCAGAAGGGGGAGUCGCUGGCUGACUCGGUCCAGACCAUGAGCUGCUACGCAGACGUGCUCGUCCUGCGGCACCCGCAGCCUGGAGCGGUGGAGCUGGCAGCCAAGCACUGCCGCAAGCCCGUCAUCAAUGCCGGCGACGGAGUCGGGGAGCAUCCGACGCAGGGCCUGCUGGACAUCUUCACCAUCCGCGAGGAGCUGGGCACGGUCAACGGCAUGACGAUCACCAUGGUGGGCGACCUGAAGCACGGGCGCACGGUGCACUCCCUCGCCCGCCUCCUGACCCUCUACCGCAUCACCUUGCGCUACGUCACGCCCCCCAGCCUGCGCAUGCCGCCCGAGAUCUUCCACUUCGUGGCCUCCAAGGGGAUCAAGCAGGAGGAGUUUGAGAACAUCGAGGAGGCCCUCCCGGACACCGACGUGCUGUACGUGACCCGCAUCCAGAAGGAGCGCUUCGCCUCAGUCCAGGAGUACGAAGCGUGCUUUGGACAGUUCAUCCUGACGCCGCACAUCAUGACGCGGGCGAAGAAGAAGAUGGUGGUGAUGCACCCGAUGCCUCGCGUCAACGAGAUCAGCGUGGAGGUGGACUCUGACCCCCGCGCAGCCUACUUCCGGCAGGCGGAGAACGGCAUGUACAUCCGCAUGGCUCUCCUGGCCACGGUACUCGGCCGCUUCUGACCCUCGCCCGCUGCUGGCGUGGCACGCAGGGUGGGCGGUGUGGCCCCUUCCGGGCUCGACCCUCCUGCCUGGGCUGUGCCCGUCGCCGCGCUCAUUCCACCAAAGGCCACCUGGCCCCAGCCGGCAGGGCGUCCGCAGGACAGCAGCGGGAGCACGGCGCCUUUGGACCCGGCUGCGCGGGACACGUCUGCUUCCCGGCCAGCCCCGGAGCGGCCCCCUUUCCGAGGCCCCACUCCCCUCGGCGUGCGUCCGGACCCCACGCGCCUCGACCUCCCCGGGCGGACUCUCCCCACAGCUCUCGUCUGGCUGCAGCGCAUUCCUGGCUGCGAAGCCACAGACCUGCAAAGACCCGCAAGCCCGGCUGACUCUCGUGCUCUUUUUCUACAAGAAUGAAAAGACAAUAAAGCUAGUUGCGCAAA